AUGGCAAAAGCUGUGUUCUUAAAUUUUUGCAUAUUUCUUCUUGUUAUCACCAUACUUGUGUGCCAUGAAAUCACACCGACCGAGGCAAGACACUUGAUAACCCAAAGAAAGCCAAUUAAAAACAGCAGAAAAACUACCCUCAAGGUACACGACAGCUUGAGCAUAGCCGCCGUCGGCUCUGUGAAGAAGAGUGGCAUUAGCAAAGAAGAACACGGUGUUGAUGAGUUCCGGCCAACAACUCCCGGAAACAGCCCCGGCAUUGGCCAUUCCAUUAAAACCUAG